AUGCUCGCCGCGCAGGCGGGGCACGCGCUCUGCGUCGACAGCCUGCUGGCGUCCCGUGCGGAGGCGGACCGCGAGAGGAGCGACGGUGGCAGCGCGCUGAUGCUGGCCGCGCAGGGCGGGCACCAGACCCGCAGUCGGUCGGCGUCGUGGUCGUCGGCGAGGGCCGACGUGGACCUGGCCGACGUCGAGGGCCGCGGUGCCCUCAUGUACGCCGUGCACUACGGGCACGCUGCCGCGGCCACCUCGCUCCUUGGCGCGGGCGCCGCCGUCGACCAGGCCGACGCCUCUGGCUGGAGCCCGCUCCUCCUGGCGGUGCAGGGCGGGCACCUUGCGCUGAUGGGCUGCCUCGUCGGAGCGCGCGCAAGCGUGGACCUGGAGGCCAGUGGCGGGGCUUCCCCGCUCCGGCUCGCAGCUGCAGGCGGAGAGGCGAAGGCCGUGGCGCUGCUGCUGGAGGGGCGCGCGUGCGUGGAGGCGGUGGACGGCUGCGGGCGCAGCGCCCUCGUCGUCGCCGCGAUGGGCGGGCACAGGGAGGUGACCGUGCAGCUGUUGAGGUCGCGGGCCUGCGUCGACCAGGCUGCGCAGGUGGGAGCCACCGCCUUGGGGUGCGCCGCGUCGGCCGGCUACAAGGAGGUGGUGGUCUCCUUGCUAGCGGCAAGAGCAAGUCCCAACAUCAAGUCCACUGGCGGCGCGACUGCCCUCGAGCUGGCCCUGCAAAGCGGCCGCCACCGGGUUGCCGAAGUUCUCCGGGAAGCUGGAAGCGCAUAA